GUCUUUCUACCAUCAAAGUUUUUCUUUUCUUUCAAUUUUCCAUUUCCAUUUUCUUUCUUCUUUCACUCUUUCUGGUUUUUCAUUUUCUGUUUGUUGAAGAGAGUUUUAGGGUCGACAAUGAAGGACAACGGUGUUGAAAACCCUCUUCGCCUUCAGUCUGUAAAUCAUAUCUCCCUCAUAUGCAGAUCAGUGGAAGAAUCAAUGGAUUUCUACCAGAACGUUCUAGGAUUUUCCCCAAUCAGGAGGCCUGGUUCUUUUGAUUUUGAUGGGGCAUGGCUAUUCGGCUACGGUAUCGGAAUUCAUCUGCUAGAAGCAGAGAACCCAGAAAAGUUGCCAAAGAAGAAGGAAAUUAACCCAAAGGAUAAUCAUAUAUCUUUUCAGUGUGAGAGCAUGGGAGCUGUGGAGAAGAAGCUGAAGGAGAUGGAAAUUGCUUAUGUGAGAGCAACAGUGGAGGAAGGAGGUAUUCAAGUGGACCAGCUAUUUUUCCACGACCCUGAUGGAUUCAUGAUCGAAAUAUGUAACUGUGAUAGUCUCCCUGUGAUUCCCUUGGUUGGUGAAGUGGCAAGAUCAUGUUCCCUUGUGAAUCUUGAGAAAAUGCAGAAUCAGCAGCAGAUACAAAACAUGCUUCAGAAACUCUGAUGAAAUGAUCCUUAAGUUCUUAAGUGGUGAAUCUUGAGAAAAUGCAGAAUCAGCAACAUGCUUCAUCCUUAGGUGAAUCUUGAAGAGUAUAUCUACACGGAUCACAAGGAUUAGUUAAGUUAGCUUUUUUUUAAUAUCUAGCUGAGUUGUUAAUUUAUCAUGAACUUGUCUCUUUUGUUCAGUUUCCAUUGUGAUAUGAUCAUCAAAUAACAAGCAAUUUGCCAAACAGAGUAGUGCUUUUCCAAC